AUGGAAAGCACAGCGGCCAGCGAGGCCCAAGAGGCCCAGACCCCACGCGCGCCCGCGCCCCCGCCCUCGCCCUCGGAGCCCCCGGCCGCGCCCCGCGCUCGCCCGCGCCUGGUCUUCCGCACGCAGCUGGCGCACGGCAGCCCCACGGGCAAGAUCGAGGGCUUCACCAAUGUCCGGGAGCUCUACGCAAAGAUCGCCGAGGCCUUCGGGAUCGCGCCCACCGAGAUCCUGUUCUGCACCCUCAACAGCCACAAAGUGGACAUGCAGAAGCUGCUGGGGGGUCAAAUAGGGCUGGAGGACUUCAUAUUUGCCCACGUUCGCGGUGAGACCAAAGAGGUAGAGGUCACCAAGACAGAGGAUGCUCUGGGACUGACUAUCACGGACAAUGGGGCCGGCUAUGCCUUCAUCAAGAGAAUCAAGGAAGGCAGCAUUAUCAACCGGAUUGAAGCCGUGUGUGUGGGUGACAGCAUUGAAGCUAUCAACGACCACUCUAUUGUGGGCUGCCGCCACUAUGAGGUGGCCAAGAUGCUACGGGAGCUGCCCAAGUCCCAGCCCUUCACCCUACGCCUGGUGCAGCCUAAGAGAGCCUUUGAUAUGAUUGGCCAGAGAAGCCGGAGCAGCAAAUGUCCUGUGGAAGCGAAAGUGACCAGUGGGAGGGAGACCUUGCGGCUUCGUUCUGGGGGGGCUGCCACAGUGGAGGAAGUGCCUAGUGAGUUUGAGGAGGAGGCGUCUCGGAAGGUGGAUGACCUGCUUGAAAGUUACAUGGGCAUUCGGGACCCAGAGCUGGCGUCCACCAUGGUGGAGACGUCCAAGAAGACAGUGAGUGUCCAGGAGUUUGCACGCUGUUUGGACUCCGUCUUGGGGGAGUUUGCCUUCCCAGACGAGUUUGUGGUGGAGGUGUGGGCCGCCAUCGGAGAGGCCAGGGAGGCCUGUGGCUAGUCUGCCCCGGGGCUGCACACAGCCCCAGCUCAGAGCCUAGCCCCCUACCUGAACCCUGCUCCAGAACCCAGUCCAAACCUGAGACCCAGCCCUGCUCCAGAACCCAGGCCAGCUCUGAGGUGAAGUUUCUCUCUAGAACCCAAUCUAAUUUGGAGAUCCAAUCCAGCUCUCAAACCCAAUCCUCCUCUAGAAUCCAGCCCAGAUCUGAGGCGACACAAUGCUCUACAGCCCAGGCCAGCUCUCAGAUAGAGUCCACCUCUAGAGUCCUGUCUGGCUCCGAGACCAGGCCCACUUCUGAGGCCAAGUUCAGCUCUGAAACACAGCCCAGAUCGGAGACCAAGCCCUGCUUUGAAGCCCAGGCCAGUUCU